CGACUUCCGGAAAUGACGUCCACAACCGCCGCCGAUAGGAUUAGAAAAUCAUGGCGUCCGUCACGACUGCUACAUCGGAAUGGAUUCAGUUUUUUAAGGAUGCUGGAAUUCCUCCUGGCCUGGCUGUAAAUUAUGCAGUUUCCUUUGUGGAUAAUCGCAUUCAGAAGAAUAUGCUGAUGGAUCUAAGUAAAGAGAUUAUGAUGGACCUGGGAAUCACUGUAAUUGGUGACAUUAUCGCCAUUCUCAAACAUGCCAAGGUGGUUUACAGACAGGAUAUGUGUAAAAUGGCCACUGAAGCUAUAUCUGUUGGCCAGUCAAGCGUUCAGGCAGAGCUGAGGAGAACUGCAAAUACACCUGCAUCCCGAAUGAUUGCUAAUAGCUUAAGCAGGGAAUCUCCUCCAGGCACACCUGUGCGGCGACCAGACAAUCGUCUCUCUGUUACUGUUUCCAAUAAACAGGCUGCGAAAAUUGCUAAAACAGUGUCUAAAUCUGCAGAUGAGAGUCCUGAAAUUCCUGUGAAGAGGAGACGAGUCACAGCAGAGAUGGAGGGGAAAUACAUAAUAAACAUGCCUAAGGGAACAACUGCCAAAACAAAAAAGAUAUUGGAAAUGAAAGCUGCCAAAGAAAAGGGGGUUCAUAGAACGUCAGUAUUUGAAAGACUUGGAGCCGAGUCAAAGGCAGAUACCACAACAGGAAGCAAGCCUACUGGAGUUUUUAGCCGUUUGGGGGAUGCCACAAGAAACUGUAUAACUGAGGAGGAAGAAGAAGCUACAAAGGAGGAAGAAAGAGAUGAUAAUGUAGAAGGUGUGCAGAGUGAUGAAGAUGGUUCAGUUUUGCAGUAUGCUGGGGUACUAAAGAAAACUCCUCAGGGAGGAGACAAACUACACCACCAAGGCCGGAUCUCUGUUAGAGCUGCUGCAACCACCAGCAAGUCAAGGACAGUAUCUCCAGCAGUGAAUAAAUCCAGCACUGUUACAAUAAGGCGCCUCUCUAAACCGGUCUGCAUUCCUGCAUCCUCAACCUCAGCAAGGAAACCAGAGAAGCCAGAGCCACCUGGCAAAAUUAGCAUUUUGAAGAGACUAGGCAAGCCCCCAGUCUCAGCAGCAGACACUCAGGACAGUCGGGUUACCAGCUCCAAGAGCAAAGGCUUUACAGUUACCAUCAGCCGCGGGACAGGCAGUGCCAAGGUGAGCAGCAGUACUGCCACCAGCAGUGAGUGUCUAGGGGCACAAAUGGACAGUAUGGGCAAUGUUAGUGUCUUUAAGAGAUUGGGAUUGAAGACCUCUUAGUAGAUGUUUUAGAUCUAUGCUAAUUAAAUGUUGUUGUAUCAUACUAUUUUUUAAAUAUUCCUGCGGAACUUGUGUGGCAAAGUACGCAAGUACUUCCAUUGGAAGCCACAUUUAUUUCUAUUGGUUCCCAGAUUAUUUUAUAUUAGCGGCACAUUUGUAUUUUUAAUAUCCAGCAACUGUGUGAUGGGCCAACAUCCAGUCUUGGGGAUGGUUGUUGUGGACAGAAUUUGUGAACUUUCUUAUUCUUAGAUCAGCAAAUCAGAGGGCUACCAUAGCAAAAGAAGAUCCGUUUUAUUUUGCCUUCACAUCAUUUUAUAGCAUUACUUAGCGGAGAUCAGAAUUAACGUUACAGUUAUAACAGCUAUGGUAAAAUCAUAAGAAACGUUUUAUUUUCAUAAUAGUUAUUUACCUUUUAACCACUUAAAUGUUGGUCUACUUAGGUAUAAUUUGUCAUAAUAAGAUACCAUUCUUUUUGUCCAGUAUCAGCUUCAACUAUGCAAGUUAACCUCUGCCCCACUCUCUACAAUCUGAUUGGGUCAUUUUUUGGAAAUGGCUCAUACUCCAAUUUCAACUUCGAAAUUAAAUAUUUAAACGAUACAUUUAAAAAAUGUUUAAUAUACAUAAAUCUUUUUUUCUUUAGUUGUCUUGUUGAAUUGGAAACAUUGCAUAACAUGAGUGUACAUUUUCACAUUUGUGGGUUGUUGGCUGUAAAUGUGUUUAGAGGCCCAGUGCUUAAAGGUUGGUAUGAAAUUAAAAAUGUCAUUGUUGAUUAA